AUGCUUGUCUCUGCACAAUUCAAGAACUUGCCACCCCAGCAGCCCGUACCCCCGCCUCCGCCAUACAAGGUUCAGGUCAGUCCCCUAGCAUCAAACAUGGUGUUCCAUAAUAACAGACUGGUGGAGAUCCCUCUCUUCGACGAUUCCGAGCCUCCCCGGGCAGAAGAAGCCUCCCGCACUAGCGCUGGAGAGGCCUCCAGGCCUGACGAGACUCCUGACAACAAGCGUAAGCGCAAGGAAGCUCUCAAGUACCAGACACUUCACGAGCAGACUGCUGUAGACUCCGCUAGUGCUGCAGACAUGGAUAACAUCCACUUCAGCGAGCCGUUUGAAGGCUUUAACUUCGCUUCCAGCACCGAUUACAACCGUACCGCACCGUUCUACAACUAUCCUAGGAACCAUCCUUGGCUGCAAGCCACCUACGACGACGUGUUCUACGACGAUGACGAGGACGCAGUCUUCAACAACGGCCAGACAUUCUGCGGUAACGAUCAUGGCUUCUACGAUAUCGGCAUGCCAGACUCUGCUGAGCUCAAGCGAUCCUGGUCUGGUGAGACCCUCGUGCCUACCUCCUUCACUCCAGAGUCCUUCGCCACUGCUGAGCCAAACUACCAUGGCGAUGCCGAUCUGUUCACUUCUAGCCCAUUCGCCUCAGGUCAUGACAACACCGACCCGGCCGAGGAGGUUCCUGUGCACUCCAAGCAAGAUGAUUCUCAGGACGACUACAUGGUGAGUGCUACCCUUUUAGAAGAGAGCGACUUUGCGGAGAGCGACUCUGAAGAGGAGCGUCCUCGCAAGCUCCCCAAGUUGAACAAGGAUGGCGCUCCACGCAAGCCACGCCAACCACGUCCAAAGCUCCUUAAAUGGACUGAUGACGAUUGGAAGAACGUGUGUCUUGGUAUUGUUUGGGCUUGCGGAGAGACUGGGGUCCACAUCCCUUUUGAACAAGCUGCUCAGGUCGUUGGCGAGCAAUGUACCGCUGGCGCCCUGCAGCAGGCUCUCCUCAAGCUUCGUGGCAAGCAGAUUGCCGAAGGAUACCAGAUUCCAAGUCUCAAAAUGGGGUGGACGCGCAAGAUUUCUAACGCGACACCUAAAACAUCUUCUGGACAUGAAGCUAACAGAUCCCGCAAGAAGCCCACCCGCGUAAUGUCGACUCAGUCCCACAUCGUCACCAUGUCUCGACCCUACGUCGACAAAGACCGUCAAGGUAUGGCCCGUCCAUACAAGUGGAAGAGGUCACCGCGCUGCGCCAAGCCAGGUACGCUCAAGAGCUCUGCUGACAUGAAGCAAGAAGAUCCGGUUACUCCCACUCGGGCUAGUGGUACUUCCGCUCGGGCUGGAGGUACUUCUACCCGGGCUAGAGGUGCCUCUACUAGUGCUGGAGGUACUUCCACUCGAGCUAGAGGUGUCGCCACCCAGGCUGGAGGUUCUCCCACUCGUGCUGGAGGCGCUCGCAGCCACUUCUUCGACACUCAAGCUUCCACUCCCACCCAGGGUAAUGGAUACCUUCCGGUUACGCCAGUGACGGGUUCUCGCACGUUCACGUCUCCGUCUACUGCUACCUUCGGUCGCAACACCGGAUUCUCUCAGGGUAUGCUUGUUGACCAUGGAGAUGCCACUGCUUUGCUCACUAGUGGAAGCUCCUUUCUAAUCGACGACAACUUCAUCGAUGCCAGCGACGACGUCUUCUGA